AUGGCGAUUCCGGACCAGCCGGCGUCCCCGGACGUCUCGAUGGACGAGGUUCCGGAGGAGAGUGACGCCAUCAGCGAGCAGGUGGCCGAGGCCAGCGACGAGGACGGGGAGGACCUGUUCGGCGACGACUGGCAAAAUGACUACCGCGGCAUCGACCAGCUCGACCGCUACGACCCGCGCGGCCUGGACGAGAACUUCCAGGAGGAAAUGGACGAGGCCGCGAUCCUCGCCGCCCGCCGCGCUGCCGAGGACGAGCUCGAGUUCAGGGAGGCCCAGGAGCUGCGGCGGCAGGUGCGUCGCGGAAAGGUGCGGCUGCCCGGCGCGCUGAUGGACCUGGACGACGAGGGUCCGCGGCGGCGGCGGCGCAUCGACGCCGCGCAGGCCGGCGCGCUCGGCGAGGAGGACGAGGAGCUCGUGCCGCUGGACAUUGAGCUGGAGAACUACCGCGGGUCGGUCAAGGAGUGGGUGUCGCAGGAGCCGGUGCAGGCGCAGAUCGAGCGGUACUUCGUCAUGUUUCUGCGCACGUUCCAGGACGACCACGGGGAGCGGCGGUACGUGUCGCUGGUCACGUCGAUGUGCGCGGCGAACCGGCAGUCGCUGGAGGUGUCGUUUGCCGACCUGACGGCGUUCCGCGCGAGCGAGGAGCGCAACCAGGGCAAGACGCUGGCGUUCUUCACGGCGGAGUGCCCGCGCACGACGCUGCCCGUGCUCAGCAAGGCCGCCAUGCGCGUCGUCCUGGAGCUGUUCCCGGAAUACCACCAGGUCCACCGGGAGGUGUUCGUGCGCAUCUCGGGGCUGCCGUUCACCGAGUCGAUCCGCGCGAUCCGGCAGGUGCACCUCAACCAGCUCGUGCAGACGACCGGCGUGGUCGUGCGCCGCACGGGCGUGUUCCCGCAGCUGCAGGAGGUGAAGUUCGUGUGCGCCAAGUGCCGGUACACGCUGGGGCCGUUCUACCAAAACACCGAGACGGAGGUCAAGCCGCAGCAGUGCCCGAACUGCGAGUCCCGCGGGCCGUUCUCGCUCGACACGGAGAACACCAUCUACCGCUCGUACCAGAAGAUCACCCUGCAAGAGUCCCCCGGGACCGUUCCGGCGGGGCGGCUCCCGCGCGCGAAGGAGGUCAUCCUCCUGCACGAUCUCAUCGACUGCGCGCGGCCGGGCGAGGAGAUCGAGGUCUCCGGCUGCUACACCAACUCGUUCGACGCCAGCCUCAACGUGCAGCACGGCUUCCCCGUGUUCGGCACCGUGAUCGAGGCGAACUUCGUGAACAAGCGCGAGGACAGGUUCGCGGCGUACAAGCUGACGGACGAGGACCGCGAGGAGAUCAUGCAGCUCGGCGCGGACCCGCGCGUGGGCCUGCGCAUUGCGCGCUCCAUCGCGCCGUCGAUUUUCGGGCACGAGAACAUCAAGAUGGCGCUCGCGCUCGCGCUGUUCGGCGGGGAGGAGAAGCACGACGGCAAGCACCGCAUCCGCGGCGACAUCAACGUGCUGCUCCUCGGGGACCCGGGCGUCGCGAAGUCGCAGUUUUUGAAAUACACCGAGAAGACUGCGCAGCGCGCGGUGUUCACGACUGGCAAGGGCGCGUCCGCGGUGGGCCUCACGGCCGCGGUGCACAAGGACCCCGUCACGCGGGAGUGGGUCCUCGAGGGCGGCGCGCUCGUACUGGCCGACAGGGGGGUGUGUAUGAUCGACGAGUUCGACAAGAUGAACGACCAGGAUCGAGUGUCGAUCCACGAGGCGAUGGAGCAGCAGAGCAUCAGCGUGAGCAAGGCCGGGAUCGUGACGUCGCUCCAGGCGCGCUGCUCGGUCAUCGCGGCCGCGAACCCGCGCGGGGGGCGCUACGACUCGAGCCGGACGUUUCUGGAGAACGUGGACCUCACGGACCCGAUCCUGUCGCGGUUCGACGUGCUCUGCGUGGUCAAGGACACGGUGGACUGCGUGGCGGACCGGCAGCUCGCGCGGUUCGUCGUCGGGUCGCACGUGCGCAGCCACCCCAAGCACGCCAGCGACGCGGCGUACGGCCUCGCGGAGCCCGCGGCCGUCGAGGGGACGAUUCCGCAGGAGACGUUGCGGAAGUACAUCACGUACGCGAAGCAGGCGUGCCGGCCGAAGCUGCAGCCGGCGGACUACGAGCGGCUGGCGCGGGUGUACGCGGAGGUGCGGAGGGAGAGCGCGACGACGCAGGGGAUGCCGGUGGCGGUGCGGCACCUGGAGAGCAUGAUCCGCGUGUCGGAGGCGCACGCGAAGAUGCACCUGCGCAACGAGGUCCGCUCGGAGGACGUCGACGUCGCGAUCCGCGUCCUCCUCGAGUCCUUCAUGUCCACGCAGAAGUACACCAUCCAGCAAGUCCUACGUCGCAAGUUCCGCCGCUUCCUGUCGCGGCACCGCGACUUCCAGGAACUCCUCAUGGGCCUCCUCCGCGGGCUCGUGCGGCGCAACCAGCGCUACGCCGAGCUCCAGGGCGCCGCCGCGGACGCCGGCACCACCGUGCGGCUCGCAGACAUCGAAGACGAGGCGCGCAAAUACAACCUGCUGGCCGCGCUGCCGGAGUUCUUCGCGUCGGAGGCGUUCGCGAACGCCGGGUUCACCGUCGGGAACGACGCGGUGCUGCUGGCCGCGGAGGGGUAG